CAGUUCUCACUUCAGAUAGAUAAAACCGUUCUCUGCCUUCACCCGUUCCUCCUUUGAUUUCUGCUCUAUCCAUCCAAAGACCACUUGUUCUAUAUCGUUCAUCCCGUUGCAAUGUCUCCUGAGCCUAGCAACAAGCACCCCCCCCUCCUGACGAGUGCGGGUCGGCUUCAGAAGAUCGAUCAACUCCGCGAAAAGAACAUUGGAGCCUAUCUACCUUUGCCACAACUUGUGGCCGUAGGCGAUCAAAGCUCGGGGAAGUCAUCGUUACUGGAGAGCCUGACGGGAAUCCCCUUCCCUCGUGGCCAGGAGCUUUGCACCCGGUACGCUACCCAGAUCACCCACCGCCGCGAGACACACCAACGAAUCGACAUCAACAUCAUUCCUGGACCACAUGCCUCGCAGGACCACAAAAAGAAGCUCAAGCUGUACCACAGGCAGGUAAACACGACUACACAGCUCCGCACAGAGUUUCCCAACAUCUUAGCACAGGCUAACGCUCUCAUGGACAUCAAAACUAUUGCCAACACAACUGGCGAAAACACCUUCUCUGAGGACGUGCUGAAAAUUGAGAAAUGCGGCCCAGGCGAGGAUUAUCUUACCAUCAUCGAUGUGCCUGGUAUCUUCCGCACGACUACCGAAGGUGUCACUACCAAUAAGGACAAGGAACUUGUCAAGAAAAUGGUCAAGAGGUAUAUCAAGGACAGUCGAACCAUCAUCCUUGCCGUCCUGCCCAGUAACGUCGACGUCGCCACCCAGGAGAUACUGAGUCUUGCAGAGGAGGCCGACCCAGCCGGCGAUCGGACCCUUGGGAUCUUGACCAAGGCCGAUCUGUUGACAGAACGGACCGCCAGACUCGCCGUGGUGAACUUGGUGGAAGGUAGUCGGAAGCCUCUCAAGCUUGGGUACCAUGUGAUCGCGAACCGCGGGGGUGACGACCACGGCGAAGAGGAAAAUUCCUUGGCUGCUCUCCGCGAGCGUGAAACCAUCUUCCUAGAACAUCCCUGGGGCAACCUUCCGGAGGAUCGUCUCGGUAUAUCUUCGCUGAGAGAACGGUUGGAGGAGCUACUUGGCGAGAUCACCGAUCGUGCGUUCCCUGAGCUCCGUAGCGAGACGCGCCAGAAACUGGCAAAUGCCGAGAAGAAGCACAAAGAUCUCGGCGCGCCUCGCCAGACAGAGCGUGAGCAACAACAAUACCUCGUCAGCAUUGCGAGCAACUUCCAGUCUCUGGUUCGUGCUGCGCUGGAUGCUGACUAUUCGGCGCAUCCGGCAUUUGACAGCAACCCGUUGCGGCUUAUUACAGCCGUCAUUAAUACAACAGAGCAGUUCAACACUGAUUUCGACAACUUUGCUCGCACGUAUCUCUUCGAAUCAGAGACGCAGGUUGAGGCCACGGUUCCAGUGGAAGUGGACACUCCAGCAAGCCCUAUCUUUUACGAGGAGGAUGACGAGAAUGACGACAGCAUUCUUCAGCUUGAUACAUUUGACAUUCCUACUCCUGGGGCAUACCCUGACUUGGACAGGAUCAUCAUUACAGAUUGGUCCAUUGACCUUCCGAAAAACGGUAUCAUGAAGUGGAUUGAGGCUGUCCACCGACGCUCCCGCGGCCUUGACCUGGGCUCUCUCGGUCAUGGUGUUCUUCCAAGUGUUUUCCGGGAGCAAUCGGCGAAGUGGGAGAUGAUCGCGAAGCAAUACCUCAGCAAGAUUAUCCUCCUCGUUCAUCGCUUCAUCCUGACGGCACUAAAGGUCGUCUGUGUAGACACGCAGGUGCUCCAGGACGUCUCAUCUGCCAUUCUGGGCGACCUCUGCGCCAAGUACGAGGGUGGCAUGAACCAGGCGACCUUGCUGGUCAAUGUUGAGCGGCAGCUAAAGCCGUAUACACUAAACCACUACUUUAACCUUAAUCAACAGAGGAGUCACGGCGUGCGGAUCCAGGAAACGUUGCGGCCUAAGGCCCGACACGAAGAGCCUGCCAAGGGCUGGGGCAAAAUCCUUGUCAUCAAUCUGAGUGAUGUUGCAGAUGCAGUUACGAACAAGAGCAACACAGCACACGCCACAGAGACCAUCCACGACACCCUCGAGGCCUACUACAAGGUAGCUUACAAGCGGUUCGUCGACAAUGUCUUCAGCCAGGCGGUCGACUACAAGCUGCUUUCUGGCCCUGAAAGCCCCCUUCGGCUGUUUUCGGAGCAAUGGGUCCUGUGCCUGGACCCGAAGAAAUUGCUUGUUGUGGCGGGGGAGUCUCGCCGGACGAGGGAGCGUAGGGAGAGACUGAAGAAGGAGAUUCAGGACUUAGAGGUUGCGAUGGAGAUCCUGUGUGGAUAGGCACUUCGCACGUUCAUUAGGAGUUUGGCCGUCACAUAUGGUAGAAUUAACCAGCAUCUUGCUACAUACUAUUAACGGUCAUCAGCGUGCCUUUGUGGCUACUAGUGUUCAGCUAUAGGGCGGAUUGGUCUAACUGAGACAAGGUUUCCUGCCUGGCAACUUGCAUUUAAAGUCAGGAAUUCCCUUUAUGUUUUCUCCGUACCUUCGUUGCCUACCUCACAUCCACUAACAAUGGCCACUCCUUGCAUUUCACAGCGGUGCGGCCUCUCUGGCUUCAAACUUCAGGAUAACGACAUUAUCGUUGCUAUGAUGCAAAAUGGGCAGCAAUCGGU